AUGGCCAAACGAAAGAGAAGGUCGAACUCCGACAGCAGUCGUACCAAGUCUUGUCCCACGAACCCGUUCCACAAGUUUGGGUACCGUCAUGGAGAACAACAAGGAUCUUCAAAGCAGCAGGAUGCGAACAACGAAGGAGAGACAAAAGAUCCCGUAUUUCCCACCUUCCUAUCCAUUAUGGAACUGUCAAAACAAAAGAGUACUGAUGAAUCAAAGUCCAAGAUGGACAAGGUCGUAAAAGAGCUAAUAUCAUACUUGCCAGCGAUAACUACAUCAUCAUCAUCAUCAUCAUCCGACGAUAUCGAUCACCACAGCAGCAGGAGUGAGAUAGAACCAAACCAACUCGAAGCAUCCAUUCUUUCUGCUACAGACAUUGUAACCCUACUCUUGCCGUGGUCGAUCAAGACACUCUUGAGGUCAUCUCAUUCUACUUCCGAGAACUAUACCGAUGACAAUAACAAUACUCCAUGGCAGACGUUGAAAACAUGUCUCGAAUUUGUGGUGUACCAACAACAACAACAACAACAACAAGUAGAACACAACAACAAAGCUUCGACGGUAGAGGAAACGAUAAAGGUUGCUGAUAUCCUUACAUUGGGAGCGUUGCACAAAUUGGUGCCCUUGGCAAUCAAGACUGCACUGCAGAACAGCAACAAGAACAACAACAGCAAGGGCAAAAGCAGCCAAGCAACUGCCGCCACCUGCUAUUGUAUCUUGGUCGAUAACUACUACAUGUCACCUUUUGAUAGUAUCUGCGACUCUCUGUUACCCAUGUUGGAUCGAGAUGAUAAUGAUAUUGGCGAUGGUGGAGAUGACGCCAUGGAUGAUGAUGACUCGGUGGAUGGAGCAAGAUUCCAGGCCAUGGUGGUAUCCACUCUUGGCUUGUUGCAUCGACGAUUGGAAAAGGCCAAUCCCAAAAAGAGUUUUCAAAAACUCAUCACACAUGAUGUCUUUUGUGUCCUGAUCAAGAUAUAUAGACGCAGUGCGAAUGGAUGGCAACACGAUUCGCGGCCUAUCAUAGAGAGUUUGUUGCUCCAUGGAUUGUUUCACUUGGAACAUCACAUGGAUGGGUUUCGGUCUAUUGAAAUGAUGAAGAUUCCAACUUGUGCCCAGGCUUCAAACGACCACAUGGAUGUGGACAAAGACAAAAAAGCCAAGUCAUUUCAUUGCUACCAAGAAGGCCUUCUUCCGAUGAUUGCCAUGGGAUUGUCUCCGACGCACUCAAAGUCUAUGGAAGAUGUUGCGGCAUUUGUGGGGAUCUUGCCCAUAAUUCUCAACUGUUUCAUCCUGCAGACACAUGUUCUUCGGGAUCAACUUAAUGAAAAGGCACACUCGAAAAAGAAGGCGUCCGAUAGUCUCAAGAUUGUGCAGCUCCAGUUUCGGUUCUUUUCGGUUCUCUCUACCCAUCUCGUGAAUCGACUCGAGACACGAGGCAAAGAGGGCGAGAUAAUGGACCGGGCAAGUGUCUAUUGGGCUUUGGAGCAGAAUUUGAGGCAGCUGCUCGUCCAUGAUGUUUAUCUGCCAACGAUGGACGACAAGAAAGAAGUACACUUCCAAUUUCUUUCCAAUCUUGGGACUACCAUUGUCAAGAAGUUUAACAGCGACAAAUCAGGAAACAGAACAAUGGCGAAUGAUGAAUUGAAAAACGCUUUAGCAUGCUUGGAUGUUCUUGUCCAGCUGAACCAUCUUGUAUUGCACGAUGCAUUGCCGCAAGUGGUUGCCAAUUGCGUUACGAGCAUCAACAUCUCGAACGACGAAGAGUUGCACGAGGAAGCUUCAAAGUUUUUCAUUACUUUGGCUUCUACCUACAAAAAGCUACGACAACUUGACUACUUUGUCUCAUCGUUUGUCAACGCAAUAGAUCUACUGAAGAAAGAUCAGAGGGGGGAAUCUCUUCGAGCACUGAAUGUUAUGGUUUGCGAUCCCAAGGUUGAGGCCACGCUUGCUGACGCGAUAUUCUCAAGUCCAGUCAACCAAGUCAAAGAUACCUUUACCAGACUAAACGAUCAUAUCGUCCGUUAUGCAGGAGAAGAAAGAUCAACGCAUAAGUCGAUUGAUGCUGUUGUCAGCCUUUUGGUGCUAAUCCUUCAAAACGUGAGGAUUGAAAUGAACACAGCUAGUGAAAUUUAUCCUCUAUGCGAGGCAGUAGUCAAUGGUGCUGUCCAAAGCAUCAUCCAUAGUCAUAACUCAAUACGGUCGCCGCAGAGUCGCAAUGGGUUGCAGCUGUUUGGACAUGCUGUCGCUCUUCUAAACAAGUGCGAAUUCUGGAUCGACCGAACGAGUGACAAAGCUCGAGAGGAAGCAAGCAGGUAUGCAAUUCCUCACCAAUUAUUUGAGAUCUUUGAUGGAGCUACUCUCAGUACGGAGGUCGGCCAAUCUGUAAGCCAGGAGCUGCAGUUUCUUGCUUGUCAGUACGUCCAGCGACUACAUAGUCAGAUACAGGAAAAACAGCAAAUCAUGUUUUCGUCUGAUGAAGCGGAAUUCAGCAAUGAACAACUUGUUGCGACAGCACAGAAGCUUGCUCAUUUCGCACUUCAAAUUUCGGCUUCUGAAGGGAUAGAACUGGUCGAUGUACCACAAAAGGCUUCCGGUCUCCGAGCGCUUGCUGAUUCCGUUUCGUCUUGGGCUCCAUAUGUGGAAAAGAAAGACAUGGUGGUGUUUCUAUCAAAUCUCUUUUCCUGUCAUUUAUUGCAUGAUAUCUCAAACUUGGGUGAUUCCGUUUGCACUCGAUUACUGACGGACUCGGAAUUUUUCGAAGCCAGACACGUUGCUGAAUCCUUGGGAUGUGCUUUAGUGUCGUGUACUGCCGCGCUGACCCAAAAGGCGCUGGAUUCCAGUUUCAAAAUCAAGAAGUUCAGCAGCAAAUACCUCACUUGCCAAAUCUCGCACUCAUCCUGGACUCGUUCCACUGCCAACCAGCUCAAUACAGUACUCACGACCAAUGGAGCGAGUGCAAAAGGAAAAGUAGUGAAUUCUGAAGAGGGAAAGGUUCAUCUGAAAGCUGCUUCCAAGUGUGUUGCAAUGUUAAAGAGUUUGCCAGCUUCAAUCUGGACUGAGACUGACAAUUGUAUCGAUUCAUUCGAUCUCAUUAUGAGACUUGAUCUAGUCUAUAGAUCGAUAUGCGAGAAAAACGACCUUCUUCAAAGUACAGCGGUCAACAUUCUUACCGGUCUACGGGAGAUCUCGUCUCACAUUUUGCAGAGCACAAGCCACAAUACCCCUGGAACCAUUAUCGGAGAAAGCUACACCCUCCGUAAUUACAUGCAAUGUGUCGCAAGCUCAACACAGGCAUUGAUGGCCAAGGUGGACGACCACGGCGAUAGUUACCUCAGACUGGUAACUUCCAGCAAGCGAUCAUUUGGUGGCAUUGCCAAGAAUGCCAUGGUUCAGCCCGAUGCUCUGAAGGAUAUUUCAGAGGGACUAGAUUCCAUCAUUUCUGUAUCUAACACUUCGAACGAUGAUCCUGCCAAACUAUGCACCGCCGUUUUAUGUUGGGCUAUUGUCAAAGAAUUGGAUUUGUCAAAGAAUGCAUUAUUGGUUGAGUCCACAGCUGAUUUGAAGAGAAUAAUCAUGGCAAUUUUCGACAUUGCUCUGGAAGACUUUCUCCCAAACGCUCUUGAUGACAAAUCUACCAACUUGAUUUUAAGGAACGAGUCGACUCAUAUCGUGGGUGAAUUGUUGAAGUUUGAUCCCGAAGAAACCUCUGAUAUAUUGGGAGGCAUCGAAGCGAAAAAGAGUAUCGAGAAUAGCGUUCUAAAGGCAGCAACGAAGGCCUUGCAUUCAAAUCAAGUGGAAGGAGGAUUAGACUAUUUGAUUGGUUGUCUAGCGAUUUCGAAGCCAACCAAGAGCACAAGAAUAUCUCUUGCCAAUGGAAUUAUCAAGGUUGAAUCAACAAGAAACCCUGUUCUCGAGACUGCUUUCUCCGAGCUGGUUACUGACCUUGACUCUGGCUCACUGGAAGCAUUGCUCAAUGAUCUAUCAUCAUUUGCUGCGAGAGGACGAAUUGCUGCUUUUCGACUCCGGCUGAUCCAUCUUGUUGUUGUGAAGCUUGCUCCGACGAGCAGUUUGCCGGUUGUAGCAGAAUAUUCACGUCGAUAUUUCAUGUUUGCCAUUCAAUGCAUGGUCAAGCACAAUAGUACUCCAAGCGACUGCUUUGAUAGAACGGUAUAUUGUGCUGUUUCAUUGAUCAUUGACAUGGCUAGCAAUCGGGAUGUAAUAUCUCUCCGUGAAAGUGACAUUGCUUUGAUUCUGUGUCACAUCAGUUCUGCCAUCAAUAUACUCGAUGAGCCGUCCAAAGAAUUUCAUGCUGUGACAACAAGCGUUUACAGUUCUUGCUGCUUAAUGCUAACGUUUCUCCUCCAGAGAUUCCCAAAGCAGCUUCACUCUUGUGUGUCUCUGACGAGUGGCCUUCUUGUCGCUCUCUUGCAGCGAGCUCUCCAUGGGGACUUUACGAAAAGUGAUGCAAAGAUGAGAUGUCAGAAGUAUACACGGUUAUGCGAGCUCCUUCAGCCUCACGGUGAUGUCUACAAGAAGCAUGUAUUAGCAGUCCUUUUGGAGUAUGUGAAAGCUCUUAGAGGAAAUUUGGAUCCCGCCAGAAAGAAUGAUAUCAUGCCUGCAAUCUUCUGCCUUCUUGAUAUACUUCAGCAGUAUGAAAAUUCGCAACUCAAUUCCAUGCUGGACGAUAUGGGCAGGGCGUUGCUGCGAUCAACUCAUACGAAUUAUCAAAGGGCGCACGUCUACAAAGGGCAAUAG